GUCUCCUCUUCUUCCUCAAAUCCCCAAUUCAACCAAAACCAAACCCUAAUCCUCUUUCAGCUCCACUCAUGGACCACCAAUGGCGUCCCAGGCCUCCAGUCCCAGCCGCCACCCCCCUCUGCCCGAUCUGCUCUAUUUCUCACUUCCCAUUCUGCCCUCCGCCCCCUCCCUUCCCUCAAAACCCUUCCGAUUCCGGCCACUUCUUCCCAAGACCCGCCCUUGAUCUUUACCCAAGACCCCUCGCCACUCCUCCUCCACCGCCGUGGCACCGAAACCCUAAUCCCGCACAUCCCAACUUCCACAGCUUCGCUCCCCCGCCGCCGCCGCUUCCUCCGCCGCAGCCUCAGCCACCUCCGCCUCCGCCGCCGUAUGAAUACAACGGCAAUGGCUACAUCAACGAAGGCGAUCGCAUCUUCAAGAGGCCAAGGAUGGACGAUUUCGGCUCCGGGUCGGGUUUCGGAAACCCGAAUUUGACUGAAGAUGAGCGGCGGUUGAAGCUGAUUCAUGAUCACGGUGGUGGUAGUCAGGUUAAUAAUGGCGAAACUAAUAGUAGUGUUAAUAUUAAUCAUAAGAACAAUGUGCAGAGUAAUGAGAAUUUGGCUUUCGAUUUGAUCCAUGUAAAUCAACAACAGCAUUCCCAUUUGAACAAUCAUAGCAAUCAGUUACAACAGGGUUAUGGAAUGUCGCGGCAUUCGUCACACGUCAAGCAUGCUUUUCAAGCCUCUGGACAUCAACAGGGAGGUUAUGUUCCACCCCAUGUGCCGGCAUUGCGGCCGAUCAGUGGGCAGCCUCCUCUUCCUGUUACUCCACCGCCGCCUCUUCCACCGAAAGCGCCACCUACAUUGUUUCCGGUGAAUAAUGUGACCUCACCGAUGAUGUCUGCAGCCUAUCAACCGAAUCAUGAGGCUCAUCACCACUCCUUGCAGCAGCCGCCGCCGCCUUAUUUCCAUAGUAAGCCAUUUUCACAUACUGGAUAUGUUAUGGAGUUUCCCAAGGAGUCUCAUGUUUUCCACCCAUCAUUACCGAAGCAGUAUGGUGGAGACGGUCAGCCAUUUCCACAAAAGCAUGCGUCUUUGGAUAAGCCAAAAGUGGUUGAUGCUCUGCACUUGUUUAAGCAGCCACAUCGUGUCACCCGCCCUGAUCAUUUCGUGAUCAUCCUACGAGGGCUUCCAGGUAGUGGAAAGAGCUACUUAGCAAAGUUGCUGCGUGACCUAGAGGUUGAGAAUGGUGGUGGUGCUCCACGAAUUCAUUCCAUGGAUGAUUAUUUUAUGACAGAAGUAGAAAAGGUGGAAGAAAGUGACGCUACCAAAUCCUCAAGUUCAUCUAGAGGCAAGAAGCCUGUAGUGAAGAAGGUGAUGGAAUAUUGUUAUGAACCUGAAAUGCAUGAGGCUUAUCAGUUGAGUAUGCUGAAGACAUUUAAGAAAACCCUUGAGGAUGGUGUUUUCACCUUCGUAAUCGUGGAUGACCGCAAUCUGCGGGUAGCUGAGUUUGCUCAAUUUUGGGCAACUGCAAAGAGUUCGGGGUAUGAAGUUUAUAUACUAGAAGCACCAUAUAAGGAUCCUGCGGGCUGUGCAGCUAGGAAUGUGCAUGGCUUUACUCAAGAGGACAUACUGAAGAUGGCUGAACAAUGGGAGGAAUCUCCAUCCAUAUACUUGCAAUUGGAUGCCAAGUCAUUGUUUCAUGGAGAUGAUCUGAGGGAAAGUGGUAUUCAGGAGGUGGACAUGGAUACAGAAGAUGCAGAUAAUGAUGUUACAUCUGCUGUGCGAGAUCGAAAGCCAGACAAGACCAUGGAACCUCCUGCUGAAGACUCUGUGCCUGAUGCCUUAGGUUUUAUAAAGGAUGUGAAGAGCUUUAGUGCUGAAGAAGAUCACCCGAGUCUAGACGUGAAAGAACUAGGAAGGUGUAAAUGGUCAGAGAUUAUAGAUGAAGAUGAUACAGAUAAAAGUGAAGAAGUGAAGGGUAAUGCUCUUUCCGGAUUGAUUCAGGCUUAUCGAAGGGAAGUGAAAUCUGUAUGCUGGAGUGACCAGGUUGGCAACACUGGGUUUUCAAUAACAGCAGCAAAGAAGGCAAAUGUAUUGUCUUUGGUCAUUGGUCCUGGUGCUGGAUACAACUUGCGGUCCAACCCCUUAUGUGAAGAAGAGAACCCGGUCACACCCCACAGCACUGCUAAACCAAAGAGGCAGAACGUAUUCCAAGAUCAGCUUCGUGCAGAACAUGAAUCUUUCAAAGCUGUUUUUGACAGGAGACGACAUCGAAUUGGUGGGCUUGAUUUGGAGGACGAAUAAAUCAUAGGACCAACCAGAACCUUGUUCUGCAUGUCAGUGUUGUUAGUUUAGUUGAAUGAGGGCAAGCGAAUCCGUGUAACAUGUUCAACGAUUUCCAAAUUGUUAAUGAAUCAUUCGUUUUUGACUGAAAAACAUGAAAUCAUUCCUUUAUUACCCUUCAUUUUCAAUUUAGAACCAUUCAUUUA